UUGACUGUUUAAUAAAUGAGGCUGUGAAGUAAAUGUAGACAAAUCAAGUUUUUGUGUCUGAAAUGUUAUGAACUAUCAUAUUCUUUCUUUGUGCGAUGUCUCAACUUCCUGUUUCUCUUCAACGAGGAGGUUUUUAUUUUUGACUCAUUCUAAUUCUCAACUAGUCAAAUAGAUUUGUAUCAUGUUGUUGUGACAGUGGCUCAGUUGCAGGUUGGAGGGUUUUGGUGGAAGAGUGAGUGACACACACUUCCUGUGUAGUGUUACUGGGUCAUCUGAUUGCAUCAAGGCAGCAGAAGAACACAGUGACACUCUCUCGCCCUGAGCUUCCGCUGUGAUGAGACAGGAAGCAGCUUCAGUGAGCGAGGGAGUGAAGGACAUGUGCCUCCUCAUCAUCACACUGCAGCAGCCAGAGGAACACACAGCUCUCAUGUCCGAGUUCUCCAGGAAACAUCAUCUUCAAACGUCUGAGCCAUGAUCAAACGGAAACUGAGUUUCAAGUGGUUUGGGAGCCUCACCAAUCUCUCCGCCCGCCGCUCCUCAUCCCCGGGCAAAAUCCAGGCAACCCCAGAGCAUGAUGGGAGCCUCUGUGGGGCCAAACCAGCAGCAGCUGGGGACCAGUCAGUGGACGACAUGGAGUCGUGCCUCCACAGCCCCGGCUACGCCCGCUCCAGUGACAUGUACACACAUGUGGGCACUGUGCCCCGCAGCGACAGGCAGAAGAAGAGCUUCAGGGGUCUGAAGGAAAAGAUGAAGAGGAGGAAAGAGGAGGAGGAGGAUGGGGGGGUGAGUGGAGGGCAGGGCCAGUCCAAGGCGGGGGAACAAGUCCCAGACUCCCUCCUGCUCAGUGCCCUGUCCAGCCUCACUGUGAGCAGUCCGGACCGGCCUCUGCCUGCAGCGUGCCGGCCGCUGCCCGCCACUCCGACACCCAGCCCGGCCUCACCUUUGACCUCAGGCCCCGAAGGCUUCAGUCGUCCUCCAGGAGAACUCGAUAAGAGCCGAGACGCACCGUCCAGGAGCAGGGAUGCUUUAGAAACCAGUAGACCUGUGAAAUAUCCAUCGAACAUGGCCACUAACGGACCCAAAGUGGCUCCAGCGCAGGACGUGUACGUCCCGAUGGACCCGAUUACUGAGGCAGCUCGAGACGACCCAAGAGGGAAGCAGCACAGAGACACAGCUCAGGAGCCCAGGAGCCCCGGGGACGGUCCCCAGGACGUGAGGCCGGGUCACGUGACAGACGGCAGUGGAGAGUAUGUGAAGUUCUCCAAGGGGAAGUUCUGGUUGGAGCCGCCGUCAGAGACACAGAGGAAGCAGCUGGAGGAGGAGCUGAAGCUGAGCAGCACGAACCUGAAGAGCAACGUCUGGUACCACGGACACAUCCCCUGGGAGGUGUCGGAGAGCCUCGUGGGGAAACAUGGCGACUUCCUCAUCCGAGACUCCCAGUCCAGUCAGGGAGACUUUGUCCUCACCAGCCACUGGGAGGAGAAGACGCUUCACUUCCUCAUCAGGAAGACGGUGGUUCAGGCUGGUGAGACGUUCACCCGGGUCCAGUACAGCCUGGGGGGGGGGACCUUUGACACCUUACCGGCCCUCGUCCACUUCCACGUGGGCAGCCGGGCGGCUCUGACCCCGUGGAGCAGCGCUCAGAUCCAUCAGCCAGUUCACAGGACGCUGCCACUCAGUUACCUGGAGACGGCGUUCUGCACCGUCAGCAGCCAGCGCCCCGACCCCGGGGGGGCGAGGACCGGCAGCUCGGGUGGAGAGGACAGGAUCCGUCCCAGGAGUCCUUCCUCUCUCGUCCACAGGGGGACAGACAUGAGCAGAGGACAGGACGAGCAGACUCUGUCGACUUCAGGAGAAUCAACUCUCACUUCUCCAAACAUCAACACCCCACGGCCCAGAAGCCCUUGCUACCCUCCGACAGCCCUUGUGGCUCCAUCUCCAUCCUUCUCCAGGAGCUUGAACACCUCUCAGGCCACCUCCUCCCCGAACAGCACCCUCACCAGACAGCGUAACAACAGAUACCAUCAGAAGCAGGACCCUCCGUCCUCUGAUGGAGACGGAAGCUGCUACACGGAGCUGUACCCUGGUCCUCAGAGCUAUGUGGAGAGGCUGUGGGCAGAGGAUGGGACGCUGGGCCCGGACCCACUGAGGCUGGAGCACGGGAACGUGUACUUUUCACCCGUAGUGGAGGAGGUUUCUUCUUUCAAACCGAGCAGGUACAAGUCCCCGCUGAUGCCUGAACAGAAUAAGCCUUUGGAGGUUGGAAUUCUGCGAAGAGUGAAGGAGCUUCUGGCUGAGAUGGACCCCAGGACUGCAGCCAAACAUAUCACCAAGGCCGACUGCAUGGUGGCAAGGAUUCUGCCGGUGACUCCGGAGGUGCAAAGGAUGAUGGGAGUCAGCUCUGGGAUAGAGCUGCUCACGUUGCCACAUGGCCAGCAGCUGAGACUGGACCUGCUGGAGAGGUUCCACACCAUGGCCAUCAUGCUGGCGGUGGAUGUGUUGGGCUGCACCGGGACGAACGAGGAGCGAGCCGGUCUGCUCUACAAGAUCAUCCAAAUCGCCGCCGAGCUCAAGAGCACCAUGGGAAACAUGUUUGGUUUUGCUGCCGUCAUGAGAGCUCUCGAGAUGCCGCAGGUGUCUCGUCUGGAGCAGAUGUGGACGGCGUUACGGCAGCGACACACAGAGGGCGCUAUUCUCUACGAAAAAACUCUAAGGCCGUUCAUGAAGAGCCUCAAUGAUGGGAGAGAAAGUUGUCCGCUGUCCAACACCACCUUCCCCCAUGUCCUCCCCCUCUUGUCUCUGCUGGAGAGGAGUGUGGCGGUGGGUGAGGGGACGGAGCCAUGGGAGACGGCGGAUGUCGGCAUGGACGUGGUCAUGUUCCACUUGGGGGCGGCGAGGACCAUCGCACAGCUGGGGGGCAUCUACCAAUCCAACGCUCAGAGCAAACUACAAGGUUUCCAGGAGCAGGCCGAGGUCCUGGAGCUCUUCCUCACCGACUUCCAGCUGAGGUUGCUGUGGGGUAGCAGGGGAGCCCCGGAGAGCCAGGCUCUGCGAUACACCAAGUUCGACCAGGUGCUGACGGCCUUGUCCAACAAGCUGGAGCCGCCUCUCAGAUCACACUGACCUCAGAUCUGGACCAGUGGCCUGUCGCAUUCUCCCCAAUGGAGUAUGUUCUCAAUGAAACCUAACUCAAGCUUACAAGCUUCAAAGUGGUUCUGAUACUUAAUGGUUUGUUUUUGUACUAUGUUUAAAACCAAGCCCAACUGGUCUGACUCGGGCUGGGAGAUAAAUGGACGACCAGAACAAGAGAAACAAGAUCAUUCAAAGACUUUAUGACUCAUCAGUUAUUCUUUUAGAACAUAGAUUUCUCUGUUUCCCUGGAAUACUGUUAAAGAUGGAAAUGAACUGACCCUGAACACAAUGGUACAUCCCACAGGUACACAACAUUUCUACUACCUUACAUAGAGUCAAAGUCUAAUCUGUACAUAUAAUAUAUUACAUUGCAUUUUAUCAGACAUAUCCAGGUCCAUCGGUGCAUCAUUAAUAUGUAAAUGUGUCUUAGCAGAGGACUUCAUCUGUUCUACAUUGAACUCAAUAUUAACAUAGGACAUAUCAUAUCAGAUAUGAGUGUAAACAAUGUGGUUUGGUGCUUUUGUUCCCGAGAUGAGGCUGAGCCUCCGUGUGUCGAUUGGUUAAUAUAUAGAAAUGUUGUUGAUCUUAAGGCUGGACCUUCCCCUGAAUUUACAAGUUCACCAACUGUAUCUUAUAUUGUAAAACCAAAUAACAUAAUAUCUGCAUUCAUAACAUUGUAUUAUUUUGCAUUCUGACUACUUAAAUGUGUUCAUAAAGAUAUUUCUACUAUUU